AUGAUUGCAAGCAACUGUGAUGCGGAGGUUAUGUGUCUUAAGGCUUCUUUGAGCUCGGAGUUCAAGAUCAAGGAUCUCGGUGAGCUCCGUUUCUUUCUUGGACUUGAGAUUGCCCGUUCUUCGCUUGGGAUCUCUGUUUGUCAGAGGAAGUAUACGUUGAAUUUGCUAUCUGAUGCUGGUUUGUUGGGCUGCAAACCGAGCUCUGUUCCGAUGGAUCCCACUGUCAAGUUGACUAAGGCAUCGGGCACUGCUCUCCUGGAUCCGACUCCUUAUCGGACGCUUGUUGGUCGUCUUCUCUAUCUGACUAUCACACGGCCUGAUAUUACUUUUGCUGUGCACUGCUUGAGUCAAUUUCAUGCACUGUCCUACGGAUCUUCUUCUACGAUCUGCCUCAACGCCUUCUCUGAUGCUGACUGGGGCACUGACACAGAAUCUCGCCGGUCAAUCACCGGAUAUUGUGUCUAUCUUGGCAAGUCGUUGAUUACAUGGAAAUCUAAGAAGCAAGAUGUCGUGAGCCGUAGUGUAACACCCCCGAACCGUCCUAGGCACAGACGUUCCGAGAAGCGCCACAAAAUGUCGAUGCGCCUAGGUGCAUUAGCCACAUUCUCAGCCCACGCCUGUGAAGGUUCACGCUCAUCCGGAAUCACACAGAAACUAGAUGAACGCCUUCACCCGGGCACUACAGUCCAUCGCGGUACCCGGUUCAUCCUUCCAUCUAUUGGCCUUACUGGCGCACCAUGCCAAUGUCUGGUUGGAUCCCAUAUCGUCAUAUGGUACCAUACUCGGCCAAGGCAGCUGACCAGGUUAUCCUCCGAGUCUUCCUCCCUUCAUGCACAGCCUCCACGCUGCCAAUCCGGUUGGGCUCUGACGUGCGAGAAUGCGCUUGACUACACCUUCCUAGACAACAUGUGGUUAGACACGCCACAUGUUCUCAGUACUUAG